AUGAGUGGAUUUGCCGGAAUUCACUUCUGCCCUGAAUGGUAAGUUGUUUUUUGCUGCGCUUGAGUUUUAGGAAUUGAGGAGGGAUUUGGCAAGGCUGAGUAAUUAGACCUUAAAUAUUUGGUUACCUUUUUGUGACGUUAAAAGGCACAGCUAGAAAUUUUUCUCCCGUUUUUAACUUUUGAAAUUUAAUAACUGCGUUGAAAGGUGUAGCCUACUUUAAAAAUUGUUAUAAUAAAGUUUUUAGAGUAGGUCAUCAUCUUCGAUCUGGCCGAUUAACUUUUUAUUCGAUCAUUAGCAGCGGUCAUCUGUACCGAAAAUAAAAAUAAAGAUUUUUCUUUUUAAAAUAUCAGUACCUUUUCAGCAACAACAUGUUGUACCCACGAGAGGACAAAGAGGAGAGAAAACUAAUCUAUGCCUGUCGGAACUGUGACCACAAAGAAGAUGCUGAACAUCCAUGCAUUUAUAGGAAUCGAUUGACACACGAAAUUGAGUGGGUUUUUUUGGCUUUCUCUUUUUAUUUUAGGGAUAUAUAAUGUAUGCACGCUUUGAAUAAAACGUAACGUUAUUUUUUCAGCGAGUUAACUCAAAUUGUUGCUGAUGUCUCUCAAGAUCCCACCUUGCCAAAAACUGAGGAUCACCCCUGCCCUCGUUGUGGCCAUAAACUGGCGGUCUUCUUCCAAGCCCAAAGUCGACGUGCCGAGGAAGAAAUGAGGUUGUAUUACGUGUGUGCCGCAGCUGGUUGCGGCCAUCGAUGGACUGAUUAA